GAUGCCGCCUCUUUCUCAAUACUACUCUCUCCUUCCUAACACACUUCUAUUUUUAGUUUAUUAUUUUCUCCGUUUCCGUUUCCGUUUCAUAUUCCUAGUACCACUCAAAGAAGCUUGCAAUAUAACUCAAUUGCAUUCAUUGUUUGUGUAAUACGUUAAUUUUCUUCGAGCAAUAUGAUGAUGAAUCGUUAUUCAAGAAAAAAUAUGAAGAGAAGAGGAAGCAAAAGAACUAACAAAGUGAUUAAAGAAAAUUUUUGCUCUUCCAUUGAAUCACUUCCCAAUGAGUUACUUACUGAUAUUGUUGCAAGGGUUGCUUCACGUUCUUUCAAGAAUUUUAUCAAUGUCAAGCUAAGUUGCAAGGUUUUUGAUGAACUUGCCAAUGAACGAUACGUAUAUCAAAAGGCAACACUGGUAGACUUCCCGAUUGCACCAUGGGAGAAGCAGACACAAGAGAAGAUUAGUAAAGUCAAUUCUUUCAUGGAGCUAUGUAGAGAAUGUGAGAAUACAGAAGCUUUAUACAGAAAAGGCGUGUUGGAUUAUUUUAAGGACGAUGAGGCAGAAGUUGCAUUGGAGUUUCUGAAGAGAGCAGAAAAUGGAGGCCAUGUUGGAGCAUGGUAUGUGAUUGGCAUAAUUAUGGUGUUUAUGGGUGGUGAAUACAAGCGAAAAGGGGUAACGUUGAUUGGCAACAUGAAAGAAACAGAGAAGAAAUUGACAAGGGCGUGUCGAAAGAGUUUAAUAGAGAUAUUGACAGAGAUUUGGGUGACUAAUCCUUCAGUUUUGGAACAAAGACGACCCACUGGUUGCAACAUCAACAACGCAGUCGCAAGAAUGUCUGGUCUAGUGACACUGAGGAUGAAGAUGAUGGACACGCCGAUUUUCAUUGUAAUGCUUGUAGUUGUGACGUUGAAAUUGCUCAUAUAUGGCAAUGUAUGAGGAAAUUCUAUGGGCAUUUCGACAUGAUUUAGUUGACAUAUGUAAAACGAUAGGUCUAAGUAUGUUGUUAUGUUGAUUCAUUCUCUUAUUUAAGAAGAAUAAAUAAGCUGGCUAGAUAAGUGAAUAAUUAUCGUUGAUGUUUUGUGUAUGUAUUCAAUCCUGUAAUACUUUUUGGCUCUAAACUAUGUGCAGAAGUUAAUUUGUUAUUUUCCAAGUCUAUUAUUUGUCUUCAAAAUUCAUUGAAUAUGUACAAAUUAUUGAUUUAGAACUCUGUAACAUAAGAAGAUAAGAAUCAGAUGCCAUAAGUUUUAAAUCCUGAUUCCGAAGGGGGGAAAGAAGAAAUGACUGUUUGAACAAACAUUGUUUACACGAAUGUUAGAAGGAACUAACAUCUUGUGCCAAAUCCUGGUUUAG